AAAUGGUGGAGUUGCGGCAUAUUGGCAUUUAUUUUUCGAUAUAAAAUUACGUUUUAGGAUUUAUUGCUUGUUUCAAAAUUCUUAUUAACGUUCUGAUUUGUAAAACACGAUAUAAGGAACAUAAUAAGCUAUUUGGAUGUGGAUUCCAUCCUGACCAACCAGCUCAACAUGGUGUCCGUCUAGUGUUGCUCAAUCCAGCCCGCGUCAUCCUUCACUAUGAGUAACAAACAUCCCAGUCAGUUCUACACAGAGACUGUUGGAGACUCUAUAUUCACAAUCCUCAAAAGGUAUCAGAAUCUAAAACCGAUCGGUUCUGGUGCUCAAGGCAUUGUAUGUGCUGCUUACGAUACUUGUACGCAACAAAAUGUUGCCAUCAAAAAACUUAGCCGGCCCUUCCAAAAUGUUACACAUGCCAAACGAGCGUAUAGGGAAUUUGUUCUAAUGAAGCUAGUGAACCAUAAAAAUAUAAUUGGCCUUUUAAAUGCAUUUACACCGCAGAGAUCAUUAGAAGAAUUCCAAGAUGUAUACCUAGUAAUGGAGCUUAUGGACGCUAACUUGUGUCAAGUCAUCCAGAUGGACUUAGAUCAUGAGAGAAUGUCGUAUCUCCUAUAUCAGAUGUUAUGUGGUAUCAAACAUCUACAUUCGGCAGGGAUUAUACAUAGAGACUUAAAGCCCAGUAAUAUAGUUGUCAAAUCUGACUGUACCUUAAAAAUAUUGGACUUUGGGCUUGCGAGAACGGCUGGUACGACGUUUAUGAUGACCCCAUAUGUGGUAACGAGGUAUUACCGGGCGCCUGAGGUUAUUCUAGGGAUGGGAUAUAAAGAAAAUGUCGAUAUAUGGUCGGUAGGAUGUAUAAUGGGCGAGAUGAUCCGAGGUGGUGUGAUGUUCCCUGGAACAGAUCAUAUAGAUCAAUGGAAUAAAAUCAUCGAACAGUUAGGUACGCCGUCACAGGAAUUCAUGAAGCGGUUACAGCCGACCGUGCGCAGUUACGUGGAGAAUCGGCCCCGGUACACCGGAUAUCCGAUCGAUAAGCUCUUCCCAGAUGUCCUCUUCCCGCCCGACAGUACCGAGCACACUGGAUUAAAAGCCCACCAGGCUCGAUGUCUCUUGUCCAAGAUGCUUGUGAUAGACCCAGAGAAACGAAUUUCAGUCGACCAGGCAUUGAUGCAUCCGUAUAUCAAUGUUUGGUAUGACGAUGGAGAAGUGAAUGCGCCGGCACCCUCUCCACGUGGUCAAACUAAACAUGACAAAGAACAUACCGUUGGGGUGUCCGGGCCCAGUAGCACAAAGCCUGCUCCUGCCCCGUACGAUCACUCAGUCGAUGAGAAAGAGCACACUGUCGACCAGUGGAAGGAUUUAAUAUAUAAGGAAGUUGUUGAUUACGAAUGUAAGGAACGAUCCAGCCAUGCUAUGCACAACCAUACACAAGGUAGGUUGCCUUCCAAAUAGGUCGUGAAAAGAGAGUGCAGCAUUAAAUAACACAGGUGGUGCUGAUGGGGCAGAUGUUGCAAAUACAAAUCGUCGACGAUGAUCGAGUUCUGUAUAUAGGAGUCUGUACAAAUUAGGAAAUAUUUAUUGCCAAACGUGGUUCUGUACGUGUGAGGAGGCUAGCUCGAUGUCGUGGCAGCAGUGCUAGGACCUGGGGACCGACCUCAUUUAGUAUGGAACCUGUGACCUCAUGGCUGUACAGAAUCUCCUCCCUCGAAACAGUGCGGAUGGGGCGGCGUGUUCAGACUUGCAUGCAGUGCAGUAGCUGAAUUGAACCUAAUUGCCAUGCAGUUGCAGAAUAUGACCUAAUGGCAUGGCAGUGGAAAGCUUGAAUCUAAUUUUGCACUGCAGUUGCUGUGUAUUAGGCUAAUUGCAGUACAGUGGCUGUGUGUUACCUAAUUGCAGUGCAGUGGCUUUAUAUUUUCAAGCCAAAAGAUCUUUCAUACUCAGGAACACAAGGUGAUUAACUGUAUAGAGACUGUCUCCUGAGUGGGAAGAGAGUGGCGUCUGCUCAUGGGGAUGGAUACAAUGACACAAACUGAAUAGAAAAGACAAUAGUUUCUGUGCAUUUUUCUGUUUUACUCAAUGAAAUUGGCAGAAGGUCAAGUGUAAGCUGGGGCAUCUUUCCCAUAUGCCCUCUCUCUUUCCUAGCUAAAGCAAUGUGGGAAAAGACAUCAUGGCUGAUUCUUAUCUUCUGACGAUUCUGUCAAACUUUGUAUUUCUAAAGCAUUUUAGGAGCAGUUCUGUGCAUUUGAGUAUCAACAUCUCAAGUAUUUGAUGUGUCAUUUGUACGCCUGACGUUACAUGUAGUGUGAUCACGCACAGAAAGGAUGUUGUUUUUAUACAGGGAACAAGUAUUACAAACUGCUUUAUUUCUUGCAAGGCCAAUAAUUAGUGAUUUUUGCAUAAAUGUUUGAAACAAAAACAUCAAUGGCCACAAAAAUACCACUCAGGUAGUUUGUCAUUUGAAAGUUCAACAAUUUGCAGAAAUUGGAGCAAAGUCUCUAAAAUAUAUUUUUGCAAACAAGUUCAUGAAUGGCUGCCAAAAUUGGCAUGUUUGCAGUUAUCUUCAUCCUUUGCUGUGUUCCUACAGCAUUCUGUCUGUUCGAGGUGUGGUGGUUCAGAAGGUCGUGUGUCCACUAUAGGAUUAUGGCUUGAAUAUGGCUAGAAACGGCAGUUAAUUAUAAACUGCUGGUAGAAAGACAUUCAGAGUUGAAAUAGAAGUAUGUGAAAAUGAUGCAAGUGGAGGUUUUAUAACAGGCUAGUGAAAUGUUGUGUGUUUGAUUUGAAACUUUCAGUCAAAUUGAUGAAGUUUUAUGUGAGCUGGUGAUUUGAAAACUAAAAUAUGAUGGACCUGCUACAAUAUCUCCAUUUGUGUUAUUCAGAUUCUGAUUGUAGAUUGGUGUACGUAGCCUGUGAGGUCUGUUGUUGGUAUAUAGACAGCCCAUAUUGUUAAAGACUCGUUUAAUAGAGGUUUAAAAAACUGUGAAAAAAAAUGAAACUGAAAGAAUUGCCGAAAAAUCUGUGUAAGAAGAUUUUGUAAUUACUUAUCUGUAUAAAAAGAUUGUAAAUUUUAAUAUGUAACUUUUAUUUCAUGUUAUUUUGGCCAAGGUCGCCUGUAUAUGGUUACAGGGUGUUGUACAUUACUGUACAGCAGACUCCUAUACUUGCCAGGGUGUUGUACAUUACUGUACAGCAGACUCCUAUACUCGGGUAGAGGGAUUAUUAUAUGUGCUGCACGUGCAGAAAAAUAACAUAUUGUCGAAACUUUCUAUUAAUACUGCCAUCAGUAGGUUUCAAUCACCAAAAUUGUCCAGUAUUCAAAUCUGGUCGUCUGCUCAAUUCCAUUUUGGUGUUGACAAUCUCCAGCUGUUAAACCAAAGAUGGUUGUGACAUCUGACACAAAGGAUUCUAGAGGCAUUUUGUAAAUUGGAAGCCAAAGUCAACACUUUUCACACCAUAGAUAAAGUGUCAAACAACGUUAGGGUUGGGUCACAUUCAAAGGCUGGUUGCAUUUACCAUGUUUACUGCACUGUUUUACUGACCUUGAAUGCAGCUAUGUUAAAAACCUGAUUCUAAUAAAUUCUUUUGCUGGUAUGAAAAAAGAUACUUCAGGCCUGAAAAAAUGCAUGGUAGCUGCAAAUGCGUCUGUUUUACCCAACCCUUGAUAUAUGGCUUGGUAAUGGUGUUACCAUGUAAUCAAUUUUUACUGUAACAGAGCCUAGAGGCAAUAAUAUCAAAGGCAGUAGCAACAUUCGAAAAUAUGUCGAUUUCUCUGAUUCUGUGUUAUGUGCAUGUACAUGUAGUUGGCGUGUCUCAAUUGCCAAACAUUAUGUGCGGGUCAUGAUAAAAAUAGUCGAGUUCAUCCAAGCCUGGUUUGGAUUGUCUGUGCUUUUGAUAUAGGUCAUUGUAGACCAUUGGGCACGAAAUUGGAUCAAGUUAGAAUGAGGUGGACUGUGUAUUUCUACUGCUGUUUGUUUAAGAGGGUUAGUUGGUUGCGCUUUUGUUUUGUCUUGCAUUUAAGCGGCGUGUUGUAAAGCCUAAUAUGAUCACAUUUGCAGAAGAGUUCAAAACCUUGGGUGAAAGGUGCAAUAUUUAUACCUAUGAAGUAGUGUCAUUGAAAAAUGAAAAUUAGUGGAACUAAAGUUAAGAACAAAAAUUAUCAUGAUAUUGCCUGUAACUGUGGAUGUGAAAUUUUGAAGAUGACAGUGCGUGGGAGUUUGUAGAAUGCUGAAUAUCAAGCAUUUCUAGAAUAUUGUGUUAGACUUUAUUUCCUGUCAGCAUGUGGAGUGUAAUAGUCUCACAGCCCCAACCCCCUGGGGGCUCCGUACCCAUUAUGGGAAGGGUUUUGUAUGAUUAAACCUCCUGCACCAUGUUUACAAUUAUGUUUAAACAACAUCAGUGUCUUGCACAAAGGGCUGAUAUUGAAAGAAGUAUUCAUGUUGCAGUUUGCUUUAGAAAUUAUGAUUGUUUUCUUCAAAUUUCUAAUAAUGUGCCUAAUGAAGUUUUCAACCUUGCGAAAAACCUUAACACCAGUGUAUAUUGAUUUAUCAUCAACAUCAGUAACUGCACCUAUAAUUACUGUCUCUCGCAAUGAUGCGAGUAAAACAUGUAAACAAAUUUAACCAAUGAAGUGUAUUGAAAUAACACAAUUAUGAUCACAAUGAUAUAAAUUUCGUGUUUUCACAAGUCUCUUAUAUAAGCAUUGCCCCUUUGAGAAAUUUGGUCCUGUCUUUAUAGAAAAUGGUAACAUUGCUACCUUCAUUGGCUAAAAUUGUAAAAUUUUCCUGACCCACUCCAAGGGCUUGGCUUAUUCACAUAUCAUAUUGGUUUGCAUAGAUAACUCACAUGUUUACAUUAGAAAUAUUUAUUUCGUGGGGGGGGGGGGUAUUGUAGCCUACCAAAAUGACAUUGUAAUGUUGUGAUAGCAUGCUACUUGUAAUGAUUUUAUUUGUGCGGCUAUUGUACUUAAAUUCUUUUCCCCGCAGCGGAAAUUUUCUGUUUGUCCAAGGCGAAAUGUUUUGUGCCGAUCACAUGGUCACAAGUUUUAUGUAGGAUCAUCAUCAUCUUGACCUGCAAUGUUUUGAGAUAGCGAAAUCACUCGCCCAAUUAGAAUUUUCCAAUUUGGACCAAAAGUGAGCCUUUUAGAUGCAUUUUUGUGCAUGUGAGUGCUGAUUCAACGACAAAAAUUUGGACAAGAAAAAAAUGUCAGACUUUAUGCUCUGGCUAAUUGGCGUUCAUGAGUUCUACUGCGCAGCAGUAUAAUUAUAACACCUUUACCUUACACAUUUAGACAAUGGUUAUCAAACAAGCAAUGUGAUUGAUUGAUCAGCACAAUUAAACCUGUAGAAUAAUGUUAUUUCUGUUAAGUUGAUUUCCAUUAUGUUUCAGUUGAAUUUUAAUGACCUGGCAAAGUUUGUGUAGGUGUAUUGGUUUAAGUUUUGUCAUGGUAGUGAUCUUCGCGUUUGUGUAUUAUUUGAGUAACCACACUUACUAGCAGUGUGCCAGUUAUGAGUUGCUCUACGGGGAUUGGCACGCUGCUGGAGUGGUGGAGAGACUGUAGGAGAAUCAUGACAGUUAGUAUAAAUUUUGGUUGUAGCCACAGAGUUGUGGUAAUAACAUAUCAUGCAUUUUAAAGCUAUGCUAUAAAUGGGGCUUGUUUUGCUAUAACUACUUGAUUAUAUAUGAACAUUUGGUUGGCUUUCUUGUCUUGCAACGAAUGUACACUUUCGGGGUGAUUAAAAAAAUGUCGACUUGGACUGGUUCAUCUGCGGCUUGAUUCACAGCAGUUACGCGAAUGUUAUUGGGACGAGUAGUAGUUGUUCCUACUGGGCUGGCGCUAGUUUACUUGGCAGAGUUCAAGUAUGCAUGACUGGUUCUUGAAACCCUCUCGGUAGUUAUCAUCAGUACCGGCCUGACAAUCACUCCAGCUAUUCCUCCUUAAACAUCAUUGGCACACUCAUUCACUGCAUAUUGGUGUCAAUUCUUCUUCAUUAGAUUUAGUUUCAAAUGAAUGAAUAUUCUUUAAUUUUGCAGUUUUACUUUUUCCCUUGGAAAUCGAUAUCACUUUGACCAUGGGCUUUCAUACCUCCAUCAAUUGAUUGUCACUUAUUACAGAGGCUUGGUAAUGUCAACAGCGGCAGUUCACUCAUGAAGUAGGCCUCAUAAAACUGGAUCACAAUAUCGAUUUAACAUUGUAAUUGUAUAAUACUCACUAGUUAUCCAGGAAAACAUUUAGGUCAAAGAUAGAUGAAGAAGUACUGGUACAUUUUGAGAGGAGACGUGUUUUUUUUUAAACUUCACAAUUUGCUUUUUUUAAGCCAACAUGAUUCUGAGUGAUGUUGGAUUCAAACUCCGACGAGGAGAGGUCUAUUUUCGUUUUGUUAUUGACGUUACUUUUAAUUGGAAAACCUGAUAUUUUUACCCCUGCUGCACACAAUCAAAUUUUCCAUCCGGUUUUCUGAAAAUGCUGAUUCAGGUCUCAUAUGUGGGCCAUUAUAUUCAAGCCCCAGGCCCUAAAUCAGCAUAUUUUUGGGGAAAAUUGGAUGAAAAAUCUGAUUGUGUGCGAGAGGUGUAAGCCAACUGCGAUUGAGGGAACAGUGCUCAGGGGCUGAACCAUGCAUUUGGUCACUUCCAAUGUGCAUCAUUCUUUUCCUGGGCAAUCGUGGGUAGAACGUUGUCUAUUAAUAUUAUUUACUCCCAGGGGGUAAUUUUUUUGUGAUCGAAAUCUGCAAUAUAACCAACAGAAGAUUUCUGCAAGUGCUGGCUUAUGUGAAGUCUUCAUAUCAGUUUUGUAGAAUGUAUUUAUGAAAUGUCAGAACCACAUUCGAGUAUCUUGUGUUAUAAAACUCAUUCUCAUAAAACUCAACUAAUUUCAUUUGAUGUACUUGGUAUUCUUCAGUCGAUGAAAACCAGUUUGUCCUGUUUUUCGAUGUGUGUUGGAGAGAGGAGCCAUUCUGAGACCUAAUUCAUGGAGUGGGGCUAUUUGGGAGCUUUUCUUAGAACUAUUCCCUAAUAUGGACUGAGGCUACCUUGAGUGUCAUUCUGAGACCUUACACCUUAUGAAUUGAGGCUAGUUUUUGAGAUACUGAAGACCAUCACAGAUGUCUAGUUAUGGGCUAGAUUGUACUAAGUUGAUGAAUAAUCUGUCGAGACCUCCUCCUGGGAUUUCUAUACUUUGAUCAAGACUUAUCGUCUGCUACCAGAAGUCUCUUCUCUUCACGCCUUCUUGUUAUUAACCUAAGUGUGUGUUUAUAAACUGCUUGUAUCUUUAUCAUGACUGAUAUCCAUCUUGUGAGUAAAUAUGUUCAUGUGAAAAAAUUGAAA